AGAAGGAAGCGGCGGCCCCGCAGCCGACGGGAGUGCGCUGAGAAUCGGGGUGGAGUGUUAAAAAGGGAGCGUGUCUAGCGAGACCCGUGGCCCCGAAGAAGGGAAGCGAGGCGACGCGGACCCCUACCCAACACCCAGAGGACGACGGAGGAGGGCCGGGGCCGCUAGCAGCUGCUAGGCGCUUUUCGGUGACGCAGCCUCCACGCGCAGACGCGCUGACGGGCCGCGGCCUCCACGUCUCAGGUUCCGCAAAGGCCUGUGGGAGCGACCCGGCAGAAGGAGGGCCAAGAUGGCGGAAGCGGCGGAGUCUCCAGGAGACCCGGGGACAGCAACGCCCAGGCCCCUGUUUGCAGGCCUUUCAGAUAUAUCUAUCUCACAAGACAUCCCUGUGGAAGGAGAAAUCACCAUUCCCAUGAGAUCUCGCAUUCGGGAAUUUGACAGCUCCACAUUGAAUGAAUCUGUUCAGAAUACCAUUAUGCGUGAUCUAAAAGCUGUUGGGAAAAAAUUCAUGCAUGUUUUGUACCCAAGGAAAAGCAAUACUCUUUUGAGAGAUUGGGAUUUAUGGGGCCCUUUGAUCCUUUGUGUGACGCUUGCAUUAAUGCUUCAGAGAGGCUCUGUAGAUAGCGAAAAAGAUGGAGGGCCCCAGUUUGCAGAAGUGUUUGUCAUUGUCUGGUUUGGUGCAGUUACCAUCACCCUCAACUCAAAACUUCUUGGAGGAAACAUAUCUUUUUUUCAGAGCCUCUGUGUGCUGGGUUACUGUAUACUUCCCCUGACGGUGGCAAUGCUGGUUUGCCGGCUGGUACUUUUGGCCGAGCCAGGACCAAUAAACUUCAUGGUCCGGCUUUUUGUGGUGAUCGUGAUGUUUGCCUGGUCUAUAGUAGCCUCUACAGCUUUCCUUGCUGAUAGCCAGCCUCCAAACCGCAAAGCCCUUGCUGUUUAUCCUGUUUUCUUGUUUUACUUUGUCAUCAGUUGGAUGAUUCUCACCUUCACUCCUCAGUAAAUCAGGAAAUGGAAAUUAAAAACCAGGGAAUUCAAAGCUCAUUUCAAAGAUGCAAUUCACCGUGGAGUUUUGCCUCUGGCCCUCUUUUGUCUAAUUUUGGAGGUAUUUGGUAACUGGGUAUAUGAGGAGAUUAAAAGGGAACAAUAAAGCACCAUCACCAUUUAUGUAAGGAACUGAUGUUUGAAAGGCCGUCCUUUCCUUCUUAAUGUUAUUUCUUUAAAAUAUGUGUGCAUAGUACACACAGUAUAAUGCCUCCUUAAGGCAUGAUGGGGUCACUGUGGUCCAUUUGGGUGACAACCAAUGACUCGGGAAGCACAUGGAUACAUCCUACAAGUUGAAUAGAGUUGGUAACUAUAUUUUCAGUUUUGAGAAUACCAGUUCAGGUGCAGCUCUUAAACAUAUUGCCUUAUGACUAUUAGAAUAUGCCUCUCUUUUCAUAAAUAAUAAGGGAUAGUCUAUUUUACUUCUCUUAAGCUUAAAAAGACAAUGACAGAGGUUGGGAAAGGGGUUCAUAGAUGUGGGAGGAGAAAACAUCUACUAAGCAAGAUUCAGAUUUUGAUUAGAGAAAAUUCUGCACUUGUUGCUUAAAAAAAAGCAAAGGACAUCUAAAACAUAGGCUUUUUUAGUCUUUCUGUAUAGUCACCUUUCUGCCAUGCUUAAUAGCACCUCAGUGACACUCUUAAUUUUUUUUUAACAUCUUUAUUGGAGUAUAAUUGCUUUACAAUGGUGUGUUAGUUUCUGCUUUAUAACAAAGUGAAUCAGUUAUACAUAUACAUAUGUUCCCAUAUCUCUUCCCUCUUGCGUCUCCCUCCCGUCCCACCCCUCUAGGUGGUCACAAAGCACCGAGCUGAUCUCCCUGUGCUAUGCGGCUGCUUCCCACUAGCUAUCUAUUUUACGUUUGGUAGUGUAUAUAUGUCCAUGCCACUCUCUCACUUUGUCACAGCUUACCCUUCCCCCUCCCCAUAUCCUCAAGUCCAUUCUCUAGUAAGUCUGCGUCUUUAUUCCCAUCUUACCCCUAGGUUCUUCAUGACCUUUUUUUUUUUUUCUUAGAUUCCAUAUAUAUGUGUUAGCAUACGGUAUUUGUUUUUCUCUUUCUGACUUACUUCACUCUGUAUGACAGACUCUAGGUCCAUCCACCUCACUACAAAUAACUCAAUUUCGUUUCAUUUUUAUGGCUGGACGCUCUUAAUUUUUAAUCUUACUCCCCAGUUCUGCAUAUGCAAGCUAAGGUGUUAGCAGUCAACUUGUAAUUUUCCUUUGACUGAAGCUCUCAGUGGACCAAUGCUUGAACUUACCCAAGUAGAAGACCUCAGAAAUUUAGAUUGGUAGGUCCCUAAUGCAUAUUAUCAUGUGGGCACCUUCUCUUAAGGGUAGAAUGAGGCAGUUUGGAUACAGCAUAGCUGUAAGGAAUUUCUUGCUGUUCUGUGUAGUCUGGCCUCUAACUAAAAAGUAAAGUUAAAUCAAAGGCUGCAUUUAACCAUGUAAACAUGGAGGGAUUUAGUGUUCUAAUGGCUGAUUUCACAGAACAACUAGAUGCUUAAGAGCAUGAGGUAGGAUGAGUUGAGUUUACAGCUGCUGCCUUUUCAUAGUGGGCUUAGCAGUUUUUUCAUUAGGUGUGUUUUUCGGGUUGGGGAUAGCAAUUUAUUUUCUUGGUUUUAGACUUUAUUUGUAAAGCCAAUUAGCUCUCCUUUAGAGAAGUACUUUUUUGCACAUGUGCACCUACUUGUAUUCUCAGCUAUUUAUGCACACAAGUGUGAAGGCUUUUCAGGGAGCAGAGUGUCUGGGACAGGCUGAUUCUGAGCUAAUCAGGGUUCUUUUAAGGUAAUAUGAGCUGCUGCCUUCUAUAAAUUGCACAGUGAAAAACUCUUAAUAGACAAAGAUUAGGAGUCAGGCAGAAAACAUUCAUUGUAAAUAUAGUUACUUAUAAAGAUAGGAAUUUCUUACUCCACAUUUUUUCUUUAUCAUGGAAUUUAAAUAUUUAUUCACUGGUAUUUAAAGAUGACCUACACAUAGAUAUAUAAUUUUUAAAAUAUACUUUCUCCAUCCCCAGGUUAACCAAAUGAACAAUACUAGGACAAAUGAGUACUUGGAAUGAUAUUCAGUUACAGAGCAUUACAAAAUUGGUCCCCUCUGUCCCAGCGUUGUCUAGAUAUUUUGGUUAUGUAUUUGUAUUUGUUUCAAUUUCCCUUUUAAAUUUCAAAAUAAACCCUGUUAGGACAAAGCCAAUGUUUCAGUCUUGAAUUGAUAAAGAAAAUAUUUUGAAACUGGUUCUGAUUUUAAAAUUGGUCCUAAAUUAUCAUCCAUUUCCAUUGUCUGAAAUUUUCUAACUUCCCACUAAAAACAUCUCUCUUCCAAAGUUGUUUUGUAAUCUAUCCCAAUGAUUAUAAUGUAAAAUUAAAGAAGUAAUCAUGCUUCUCAAAAGGGAAUUAAAUCUUCACUGAAUUUUACUCAGGCUAAAUAUUUGGUCAGAAAUUCCUAAGGCCACAACUUUGGUGGGGUUUGUGUGUGUGUGAGGGGGGUGUUAUACAUAUUGGGUGUUAAGGCAACUUGUUCUGUGUUUUAAUCUGUUGCUUUUGGGUGACUUAGGGAAUGGUUUUAUUUGAUUUAAAUGAAGGCGGGUAAAAUGGAGAUUUAAUUAUCUUUCUGAAAAUGAGUGGUCAAUUUGAGGGUAUAAAUAAAUAUUUUCUUAUUAUAUGCAAAAAUGUGCAUUGCUUUCUGUCAUGGAAGACCUGAGUAUCUGGAAGUUGUAACCCUCAACGCAGCUUUCCCUGAUUUGCUACAGAGGCACGUGGCUAAUUAUAGAAAGGAAGACUAGAAGGGAAGGGGACUCCAACAAAGGAAACCCUGUUCCGGGAAUUGGAAGGUUUCACACUUUAGAUGAAAUUCAAGCAUGUGAGCAUCAUUGCCUAAUGUGCAUUACUGCCAUCGUGGCUUAUCACUUGCUGCUCCUGCUUCUGAGAUUGAGACUCCGUUGUCAUAUUCUUUAGCAAUAGGAAAGGCGAAGACUGGAUUUAAUUGCUGUUCAGAUUAUAAAUACUCAAUUGAUGUGAACAUCUUUUUGCAGUGUAGUCUUAAAAGUCAAUCAUUAAUCGUCAAGUCUUUUGCCUCUUAAGUGGUUUAUUACAUGAGUUGAGUUGUAUCUUUUCAUCGUGGUGGGGAUUUUCUUUUGGGCAAGGUGAGGGGAUCACAGGGCAUGGGGCUAGUAAGCAUUUUACUGUUUACUGUAUUUGUCUUUUUAUAAAGUGUCCCCCAAAAUGUGAUUAGAAGGCUAACAAGCCUAUAUUUGAAGGUUUAAUUGUGUACGUUAUAUAAUCUAGGUACUUACUGUAUUUGAACUUCCUGUUUAUUCCUGGAGAUGAAAAUGAAAAUCUCCCAUCAUUUCCAAUUCUUGGAUAACAUCAAGUCAUUGGAAUUUAUCUAAAGCCUAUCAUGAUAUGAUCAGACAACCAUUGCAUGCAGUUGUUUUAUUCCAGAGUAAAAUACUGAAAUUAUGCUUCUUAAUUAAACUGUUCAUUUCUGAGACAAUUUGGAUAGAAAUAAAUGCGUGAAUGUUAAUGCAUAUAUGUAAAUUAGAAAUACUUUUUUAGAUUCUGUGGGCUUUUAUGAAAAAUAAAGAAUUUCUAGGGAUUUACUUAGGUCAUAAGAUGGCUAAAUAAUAAUGUGACAAUAAUAUUACUACAAAUAAUAGCUAACAUUUAUUGGGCACUUACUGUGUGCCAGACACUAUUCUAUUUUUUUAAGAAUUUUUUGUAACAGCUUUAUUGGGAUACACUUUACCAUAAAAUUCACCCUUUUAAAGUAAUAUAUAAUUCAGUGUAAUUCAUGUAAUUGUGCAACUAUCACCACUGUCUCAUUUUAGAACAUUCCCAUCACUCCACAGAGAAACCCCAUAUCCAUUAGCAGUCAUCCCCUUUUUCCCUUUUCCUCAGCCCCUGGCAACCAUCAGUCUGCUUUCUGUCUCUAUGGAUUUGGCCAGGCACUAUUCUUAAGUGCUUUUCAUGCAUCUCCUCCAAUCUUCAACAUAAAGUGGUACAAUCCUCAUUUCACUGGUAGAAAAUUGAGGCACAGAAAGGUUAAGUAAAUUGCCCAGGGUCACACAGUGAAUUGAUUUAAAAUAGGAAAACACAUUAACUGAGAUCAUAGUAGGACACAGUUUUGAAUUGCAUUGUUAUACGCAUGAAAUGAAUACACCUCCUCCCCAGGGUAUGUUCCCUGUUACUAGCCAUUACAACGUACAGCUCACUGGAGGUCAAUAACUCGUUUUUUUCUGAGUACUAGAAUACUAUAUUAGUAGCAUCUGAGAAAGACACAAGAGUGGUUGUACAUUGGGAAGAGUUAGGUUUGCUGCCUUCACUCCUCCUUGAGCCCCUGUUCUUUCCCCUCCUCCCACCACCAGACACAUACACCCCUCCCCUUUUUCUCAAAGUCUUAAGAAUCAAGCAGCUUCUGCCUCUUUCAUUAAGAUUCUCCCAGAGGGAUGGUUAACACAUCAAAAUUUAACGUGUCUAUUCAGGUGUUUAUAGUCAAGGGAUGCCUCUGGUCACAUGUAGUACCAGCUAUAUUCCUAAGACCUCAGAGAGCAGUAGUGUGAAAAUAGAAUGCCUUUCUAUUUGGGUUAAACUAGGUGGGGUGAAGAAAUAACACAGUAAAUAAAGGCUUUGCCUUAAUGAAGUCAGUGUUCCAGCCUGGUAGAAAGUGGCUACACACUGCUCUUGUUCACUCUGUUCUCUUUUAGAGCCUUUGUAUUCUGCACCAUCUCUGCUGGUAAUUUCUUGGUCCUCUUCGAUGCUGUUUUAAUCCUGAUCUUUCCUGUAAAUAAAGAACCUGUGAAAAGAAUAAAUCUGUAAAAUGAUUUGUGAAUAUUAAAUGUGCAAAUAAAAAACACUGGAA